UAUUGAUACCAACGGAUGUCUGAUACAGUCCUUCAAAAUCGUCAUCAAUAACGUAUUCUUAUUACUUGUCCAUAGUUGUCUAUGAAUUAACAGUUGUACGUUUGUUGGUUAGGUUAGAUAGGCACGACUGUUGUAGCGUAGAUCGUCCGUAGAACAAAGCGCGUGACGUUUGUUUGUAGGUAAUAUUGUUGUUACCGUGUCGACAUAAAACUUAAUAUUUCAUAGUACUACGGUUUUUAAAUACCAAGAGCACACUACUUAUUUUACAUCUGUUGUAUCAUUUGAAAACAACAUACCUAUCGUCGGACAAGGUAAAAACAUUAAAAGAAACAGUUCCGGUUUUCAACCGACCCAUCAUUCAUCAAUAUGGAAAAUGAUGGUGAGUGUGCAGGUGGGGUGUCCUUAGAGGGCAGCAUCCAGGAGCCAGAGAAGAUCAGUGGUGAAGUGGAAGUCUUGGAGCCUGAGGACAAGACCAAAUUCAGACUGACUUUGGAGCCUAUCAUGAUGCUAUUGCUACUGGGAGUAAAUGUCAGCAUGAUGGUGCAGACUAACCUAAUUGAAGAACGUGUAUGCCUCCAUAGUGAUCUUGGAAAAAAUAAGUCUGUGAAUUGUUAUAAUAUGACUGCUGCAGAACAAGAAAUAGUUCAACCAGCUGUGGCAGAUUUGCAGAUGAUUAAAAAUCUUAUCGAAACAUUGGUGCCUUGUGUAACUGCAUUGUUUUUAGGUCCAUGGAGUGAUAUAAAUGGUCGUUUGCCUUUGUUUUUAGCAGCGAUCUCAGGUAUAGUAGUUUCUAACUGUAUGUACUGUGUAUUUUCUACAAUACCUAGUCUACCUCCAGUUAUGUUUUUGCUGUGCAGCAUACCUGUUGCUAUAAGUGGUGGUGGUGGUGCAUUGUUUAUAGCUUCAUUUUGUUAUAUUGUUGACAUUACUGAUUUCAAAACAAGAGCUUUCAGAUUAGGUGUAUUACAAACAUUUAUAUCUUUGGGCUCAAUUAUUGGAUCAAUACUAAGUCCUAUGUUAAACAGCAAAUCGUCUACCUAUGCUUUUGCCUUAAGUGCAAUGUCCACAAUCGCUGGACUUCUUUACACAUCUCUUUUUCUCAAAGAAACCGUUAUCAUAAAAAAAGGUAUAAAUACAAAACUUUUCAAUCUCAGUCUAGUAAAAAAUAUGUGGGAAACUGUUGUCAAAAAAAGAUUUGGAUAUUUGAGAUGCAUAAUUAUUCUUUCUGCUGUGGUAUUAACUUUUAAUAUAGCUAUUAUAUUAGGUGAAGAUUCAUUGAUGUAUUUGUACCUACAAAAACAAUUUUCAUGGACUUUAGAAAAUUACACUUUAUUUAAUGCUUAUUCAACAUUAUUAAGUGCUAGUAUUCCUGCGAUUGGAUUGUAUGUAUUGAGCACUAAACUUGAAAUACCAGACAUGUAUCUUGCUACAGCUGCUACAGGACUACGAAUCAUAGAAAAAGUUUGUUUAGCUUACUCACAAUAUACAUGGCAAUUUUAUUUAGCAAAGAUUUUUGGUUGUGUGGUAUUUACCAGUGAACCAUUAGUUCGGUCUCAAUUAUCCAAGAGUUUUCCAUCAGAAGAUUUAGGUAAAAUAUAUGCGUUCAUAAGCGUGAUCGAAGGUUUUGGUACAUUAGUUGGUUCUCCAAUAUAUACCACGGCGUAUAAUAUGACAAUUCAUAAUUUUGCCAAUUUUAUAUUUCUCCUAUCAUCAGUAUUUGGCACAUUUGUUUUAGGCUUAUACAUAAUUAUAUUGUUCUUACUUUCAAAAAGUUUCAAAACAGAAGAUUUAUUAAUUGUAAACUAAUUAUCGAACAAAGAAAAUACAUUUUUUUUUUUUUUUGUAACAAGUUUACCCAAUCAUUUUAUAUUGUAUAUUUAGUGAAGAUUUAUUUAAUUUAAACAAAUUGAACACAUUUAUAUUAUAGUUGAACACUUACUUUAUAUUUAAAUACAUGUUUAAAAAUUGUAUUUAUUUAUUUAAUGAUAUUAAAUUUUAAGACUAAUGAUAAUAUUAUUAUCAAAGAUUAUGCAUGACAACCUAUAAUAUAUAUAUUAUAAAAAUUCUCAAAUUUUGAUACUCAUGAAAUGUUUUAUAUGAUAUAGUAUCUGUGAUCUUUUUUUACUUUUUAUGAAUUCAAAUGUAUGUAAUAUAUAUUAAUAUAUAUUUUUAAUUAUUUUUCUAUUGUAUCUUAUAUCAUUGUUAUAUUAUAUAUUUUAUUUUUUAUUAACUUAGAAAUUAAAAUUAAAUAUGUUUUAUAAUAAAUCUUUUAAUUAUUAAUUAUAUAAUAUUAUUUUAGAUUCUGAA